AUGGCUAAGGCACAGGAAGACUACGCGCACUAUUUGAACAUCAAGCGCAGCGACGCCCAUGUGUACAAGUUGAGCGACAAGUGGCUAGGUUUAUUUGCGGUAUCACGAACGUACAAGCAAGCAUGCGCUCUCAAACUUGAUGGGCAAUUUAACGGCAUCUUCACGGUGUUCUAUCAUUCGUUAUUGCGGCCCGUUGAAAAGCCCAAGACCCUGGGACAAGUGGAGAUCCACAAGGACUCCCGGGACGACCAGAAGGGCCUCAUCAUUGUCCCAGAUGAUAGGGGACGUCUCCAGAGGAAAUGGGUGUUCAACAAAGUGACUGACAGCUUUCUGGAUGAAAAGGAAGGUCUCCAGUACCUCAUCGAGUGGCAGGAUGGGACCACAUUGUGGCAACCUGCUCGCAACCUCUAG